AUGUCUUUCGUCCCAGUUAACCCCCGUCCCUUCCUCCAAGAUCUCGUCAACAGCCUGGUGACGGUUCGCUUGAAGUGGGGAGAGACGGAGUAUGUUGGCCGUCUUGUUAGCAUCGACAGCUACAUGAACAUCCAGCUCAGCGACACGAAGGAGUACAUUAACCGCAAGUUUACGGGCGCGUUGGGGCAGGUCUUGAUCAGGUGUAACAACGUUCUCUAUAUCAAGAAGGCCGAUGAGGCGGAAACAGGCGGCGACACCAAGAUGGAGGAGUGA